AUCCAGGCGAUGGGCACUUGGGGGCAGCGGGUGGAGCGGUGCAGUCGUGUCCAGCAUCCUUUGCUGAAUCAUUGCGAUCUCAGGGGGAGAUUUCCUUCCGUGCGUUCCUCUGGGAUGGAAAGCGGCUGUUCCCGACUCCUCCUGUGGGCCUGGGUUUGAAGGGACGAUUCUUGUCACCAUCCUGCUGCUUGGUCCCUGUGUCAGCACUGUUGGCUGUGCAGGAUGUGCUCCUGACACCUGCCUUCAUCCAGCACUGCUGGGAGAUGUUUCCCCAUGCACACAGCUGCCUGCUGGUGCCAUGGAACAAGAUACGUGGGUAAAACCAACUACUGACACUGUGCAGAGUGACUGUGUGGUGCCAGCAGGAGCAGGGCAGGUGCAGUUGCAGUCCUUGGACUCCUGCAUGAGGAGGGUCAAAUGGUGAUGUGGGAUUUUCAAGCAUCUGGCAGAUGGAGCUUCAGAACCCAGUCCCAAACUGAGAUGUUGUAUUGUUCCUCAGGUGUGGGAAAGAAACUUUCAGAGCUUGGAAUUCAUAGUGAAGCAAUUAGGCAUAAAGGAGCGAGAAUGCUGAGUGGCCACUGUUGGUGUUUUGCUCUCUUGCCUGAGGUGAAGGCUGAAAUAUUAACCAAAAGAAGCAGAGAAAAUAAGGAGAAGUUACGUUCUAAUAAACUGUGUUAAUCAUUGUAAACUUGACGUGUGUAGGUGAGGGAUUCAUCCUUUAGCAAUGCCAAGCUGUGGUAUUACCAGAAGUUUUGGUAAGCGGUUGUUUCCAUAGCAUAGUUUGUUGCUUGGGGUAGCUCAGCACUGUAUGGCCUUGGGUUUGCUCUGCAGACUAUUGCCUUGCUCUGCAGUUCUGUGGAAGGCAGUCGUUAAUUACACUGGCUGAAGGACUGUCGAUUCAGGGAGCUAAUAGGAGGUGAACUGCAUAUCCUUCCAAUAACCUUCUGUUCGACUUGGAGUACCGCGGUUCAGCAACUGAACAGAUGGAUAAUGGAGACUGGGGCUAUAUGAUGACUGAUCCAGUCACGCUAAAUGUGGGUGGACACAUGUAUACGACAUCCCUCACAACUCUCACGAGAUAUCCUGACUCAAUGCUUGGGGCCAUGUUCAGGGGAGACUUCCCCACUGCCAGGGACUCUCAGGGCAAUUAUUUCAUUGACAGAGAUGGACCGCUUUUUCGUUACGUUCUUAACUUCUUAAGGACCUCAGAGCUAACUUUGCCACUGGACUUCAAGGAGUUUGACCUACUUCGGAAGGAAGCGGACUUCUAUCAGAUCGAACCGCUGAUUCAGUGUCUCAAUGACCCCAAGCCUCUGUAUCCUGUGGAUACCUUUGAGGAGGUGGUGGAGCUGUCCAGCACCCGUAAGCUGUCCAAGUACUCCAACCCGGUGGCUGUGAUCAUCACGCAGCUCACCAUCACAACGAAAGUCCAUUCCUUACUGGAAGGCAUUUCAAACCACUUCACGAAGUGGAAUAAGCAUAUGAUGGACACCAGGGACUGCCAGGUUUCCUUCACUUUUGGGCCAUGCGAUUACCACCAGGAAGUGUCUCUCAGAGUGCAUCUUAUGGAGUACAUCACAAAGCAAGGCUUCACGAUCAGGAAUACCAGAGUUCAUCAUAUGAGUGAGCGUGCCAAUGAAAACACAGUGGAGCACAACUGGACUUUUUGUAGGCUGGCACGGAAAACAGAUGACUGAUUCUGACUCCACAGGAGCCAUUUCAGUUAUUAGUGACUUAAUUGAACAGAGAAGCCAAGAGAGUCUGGAUUUUGGCUUAAAGUAACAAUGUGGGCUUUUUUUUUUUUUUUUUUUUUUUUUUUUAAUAUAUAUACGAGUAUUUAUUGUUUAUCAUUAAGAACUGGAGAAGUUUCAUUCUCUAUCAGUUCUGUCCUUUCGUCCUAUCCGGAAUAAAAACAUGCAUGUGCCUGUUCAGUCAAGACACCUUUUGUUUGAAAGAGGGAGUCCGAAGAAUCAGUACAGUACAGUAGGGUAUUUUGUGUCAUUAACACAAUUCUGACGCAACAUAAAGUGCUAAAAUUACCUCAGUUUAAAUGGUUUCUAAUCCAUCUAACGCUAUGCCACUGGGAGCAAGAAACAAACGGAAUUUAAGAGGCAGAUGGUGAAAAGCUGCUAUCACGUAGACUAAUUUAGCUUCUAAAUCAAUAAACAGUAUUGUAAUAUUCUAGGAAAAAAAAAUCCCACACUUUAAAAGUACUUGAUAAGUACAGUUUCGUACAGUUAUGACAACUGUUUCUUUCUAUGCAUAUAAAUCAAGCAACCAAAUACUAUCUGUAGCCAUGGAAAUAUGAUUAGAAAUAUUUAUAUUGGAUUCUGAAUGCAAAACGUCCCUGUGGUAGAAUUCAUAUUUUUAAUGCCUGGUGCAAUAUUAUUCCCAAGUGUAAUGCCUGCCAGCAAGAAGCUAAUAAAAAUGUGAAAUAUAGAAUACUA